ACAAGCCAGCAGAGACAGGUGGAGAAGAGGCUGAGGCAACAACUCAUAAGAGGGAAAAGAGAGGAAGAAUAAUGAAGAGGUGGUUGCACCAUCUGCUGCCCGAGAGAGAGAAGCAUGUUAUCGGUUCAGACGAGAGAUCUGCAGUGAGAUGCACAGCGACAACCCCUCCUGAAUGGAGUCACAAUGAGGAGUCUGCAGGUAAAAGGGAGAGGAUGUUCAAUCAGGAGAGGAGACGGUCGCUGCUCUGAGGGGUCCCACGAUACCAACAAAUGCUAAUUAGAAGGAAGAUCAGCAGCCCUUGCCUCUCUUUUGGAAAGUACUUUCAUUUUUAAGCAACUGAAGACAGGAGCUGGCCGCUAGUUUUUUUUGUAAGAAAUCAGGACUGUAUUGCUGAUGAUGCAUACUCCAGCCUCCAUGGUGAUGGGGAUCGUCUUUUCCCCACUGGGACUGGUCCUCGUCUUCACUGCUGCCAUCACCCCUCAGUGGAGAGAGGGACAGGCACGUCUGAGUAUGUCCGGUCCGGGGUCUGUGCUUCGGUCUGGGCUGAAAAGUCAAGGCUCUAUGGACUCCCUGCUCUUGCUUCGCUCUGAUGGACUCUGGGAGAGCUGCUUACAGGUGGAGCACUCGGAGCUGAAACAGUGCUGGCCCGUGUCGGGUCUGUAUCAGAGAGACCACAGGGUCCGACUUGCUCAAGGUCUGAUCCUGACCUCGUUGUUCCUGUGUGGCACCGGCAUUGUUCUGGCGUGUAUCGGGGUCCGUUGUUGGACGGAUCUCCCUCUGAGAGGUGUCGCUGCUACAGGUGGACUCUUGGUGGUGAUUGCAGGGCUGCUAAGCCUGACUGCUCUUGGGGUGUACACACACAACCUCGGGAUCUUGGGCAUGGGUAGCCAAGGGAUCAAUAACCCCAGGUUCCCCCACCUGAGCCUGCGUCCGGCCGGCUCGCUCUACUUUGGCUGGCUGGGCUCGUGUUUACAGGUGCUGGGAGGGAGCGCGCUGCUGUUCAGCUUCAAACGACCAAAAUGUCCAACCUGCCCAUCCUGCCCCGAGCUCCCAGCCUGCCCCGCCUGUCAAACAUUUCCAGAGAUCGCCAACAAGCAAGACAUGAAUGUUUAUGAAGUCAGCUGUUAGGGGAUGAACAUACCUGGACAGACGUGCCCAACACACCGGUUACUGAAUCUGCCAGCCUAUGAGAUCAGGUAAUUUAAAGAUGACUGCCUGAUUCAUGGAUGAUAAUGUCUGGUGUGAUGGAUGCAAUUUCCUCUAGACAUAAAUUUUCUGCGUGUAAAAUAAAACAAAAAGAAUGACAGAGAACAAAAAUUGUUCAAAUCAUCAUUGUUGAAAAGAGCUCAAGUUCCUGCUGCCUUUUAACUGCAACAUGUAGUAAAAAAUGACUGAAGAGUCUCGUCGUGCUGCCUUCAUACUGUAGCCAUGCAUACGUACUGUUAGCAACAUGAUACAUCUUUUUUGUGUCCGAACAAAACUGUGAAAUGUAUAUACCUGUGAUAAAUCUAAAGAGCUGUAGCUUCAACAAAGUUAGGGCUUCAAAAACAUUAAUCACUCUGUAGAAAGUUGAUUUCAUUCAAGCUUCAGUUUACUUGUUGAUGUUUUAAAAAAGUAAUAUUUUUUCUUUUGAAUGAAAACUAAAAUCUUAUGCAAUCUGCUUUAAAUGUUUUCUCGAUACAAUCACAAAAAAACAACAGCAGGACUCAGACUGCUGAUUGAC